AUGGUCCUUGAAGCCGCAGAGGAUCUUGAUAUAUUGUCACUUGCUGAAUUGGAGGCUCAAGCAGCCAAGGUUGCCAAAUUUGUCAAAUCUGGGACAACUUUAAAGAAGAAAGCCAAGAAAAUCCGGACCAAAGUUACCUUCCAUCGUUCUAAGACAUUGAAAAAGGACAGGAACCCGAAGUACCCACGCAUCAGUGCUCCUCCUAGGAAUAAGUUGGACCAUUAUCAGAUUCUCAAAUAUGCUUUGGCUACUGAAUCUGCCAUGAAAAAGAUUGAAGAUAACAAUACCUUGGUUUUCAUAGUUGACAUCCGUGCUGAUAAGAGGAAAAUCAAAGAUGCAGUGAAGAAGAUGUACGACAUACAGACCAAGAAAGUGAACACUUUGAUCAGGCCUGAUGGAACAAAGAAAGCAUAUGUUGGGUUGACUCCAGACUACGAUGCUUUAGAUGUGGCAAACAAGAAUGGAAUAAUAUGAAUGAAUUUAGUCACUGUUUUGUUUCGAUCAAAGAUAAUGUCUUUUAAGUGUGACAAUUUGCUAGGCUCUUUUGUCCUGAAUUGUAGUUCUGUUUUGGUAACUGAAAAUCUUAAUCAGCAUUUUCCUAUACUGGAGAUACCAUUAGU